AACAAUAGUGGAGCAGAAGAAGAAGAGAAGCGGAAGCAACAGCAGCAGUGGAGCCAGUUAGUAACUGGCUAACGUAAAGCCAAGCCUAACGUGAUGUCUACAGCCUCCAAGGUGGUUCUGGGAGUUUCUGUGGUUCUGACUCUGAGCACCGUGGCUGCUGUUCACCUCAAACAAGCCUGGGACAGACAGCGUCUCCACGAAGGUGUCCUCAGAGACCUGGAGCGACUGGAGAGGAAGAAGGACAAUCUGAGGCUGCUGGAGGAGCAGAGGACUCUGACCAGACAGCUGGAGGAGGAGAGGCGGCGCAGAGAGACGGAGCUCCGCCCACAGGACCACUGA